AUGGGUUCUACCAGUAGCUCUCACCCGAGUUAUGAAGACGGUGAUGUGUCACGCAUUUCCACUGAAGAUUUCGAGCCAUCUCGCCUGACAUCACCUUAUGGAAAACGAAAAAAAGUUAAGAUUGGAUUCUGCGAAAUUCGUCUAUUCUGGGCAAACUUAUUUUUUGCAUUUCUUGCUGUAGCCGGCCAAGUCGGUCAGAACGUUUCACUUCCCCUUUGGAUCGAUUCCGUGAAUGGGAAUCAAUCGGGAAAAUCAGUCGACAGUUACUUUGUGCUGUCUUUCGCGAGUUUGUCGUUUGUAGUAAUAUUUGGACUUGGAACAUUGUUCAUUAAAAUAUUUUCACCUCAAGAUCUUGGCGAAACAGAAAAACGUUUUCCACACCUUCUGCUCUUCUUGGUUGGCUUCUGUGACUCUUUGAACGGAGCUCUGGUUGUAUUCGCGAGUAAAGGGUCGAGAACACCGCCAUACCUUCAAGCGAUUCUUGGAAACUUCAUGAUCCCUUUGACUAUUUCAAUCAGGUAAGUGGAUCGUUUUUAUAGAAGAAGGUUCUCUGUCCAAUUCAAAGCAAGCAUUACAUGAUGUGCUCGGCCGUCACGUUUAAGUGAUAAUGUAACGGCAUAAUUGAAGUUUGGGUGCCGGUGACAAGUAUUCGUAGGUAUCGUUAGUCAAUGUGGCCGGGAGCCCAUUAAUGGCUCCUGGUGUAACUUAUUUGCUGAUUUUCUAACGAUGACAUGAAAAACUAGAACCAACUUGAUUUGUUUCCAGCGGCAAGAAUUUUAUCAUAAGGGACAAGUUCUUAGAAGGAAUUCCCGCAAACAUUUGUUUCCACAUCAAUUCAUGUGACUUUGCAAUCAGCCUAAAAUAACUUUCUUCACUGACAUGAUGGGUGUCAUAAAGUCGUAAAGAAAAGAAUAACUUGUAUCCUCGAUUGAAACUUGUUUAUUAUAUGUCAUGGUCUCGAAGCGUCCGAAACUAUAUACAAGUAAUUUGACAUAAAACAGAUGAAUCAAAAUCAAGCCACAAAAUCAAAGUGUGUCCUGUACAAACGAAACCGCAAAUGAUGACUAAAGGUUACAUGAAGAAAUUGAUUAAAAAUGAACGUGACUGUUCGUAACAAUGGGUUCCUACAAAAAAACACUAGCAGCUUCUUUGCUGUUAUUUACAUUCUAAUAAUGGAGACAUAACUUUAUUAGCGUGUUCUUCAUUGUUCACGAAACGACUCAACAUCACUGCUGUGAAUUUUUUUUCUUCCAAGGAUGCUGAUUUUGCGCAAGAAACCCACCCUGCUGAAGUUGUCCUGUGGUGUCAUCGUGGUUGUUGGUCUUUUUAUUUGCCUCAUCCCAACAAUUUUUCCCGAUGUUGAUCCUAAAGCCGAGAAAAGAAAAAACGAUGCUCAGGGUGUUUCCAGAGUAAUGUGGCCGAUGAUUUUCAUGCUUGGUUUCGUAAGUACAACGUUAUGUCAAAGAAAUCGAAAUUUCACCGAUGCUAUUUUAGGUUUGAUUAACCCAAGCGGGCAAAGCCAAAUGGCUUAAUUUCUUGUUAGUUAAUCUGGAUCAAAAAUUCUAAAACUCGUUUAAACCAAUCCCAACGCACACUAAGGCAAUAUUAAAGAUUUUCUUCCGAUAAUUCCACACGAAUUUAGUUUGUGUGUUAUUAGAAUAGAGGGUCUGAUCCGGUACCCAACUAGCAUUCAAGUCGAAGUCAAUUUUUGGGAGUGCGUUUCUUUUGAGAACUCUAGCUAAAAUUGUGUGCCUUAUCGCCCUUAAUAAAUCCUUUGUCUCCCGGAAAUGAUUAUGAAACUUCAUCUGGAAAAUUUAAUCAAAGGACCUUGGAGCUACCUUAUGGUACCUUAUUAACCCUUUAACUCGCAUGAAUGACCACGAGAUAAUUUUUCCUUACAGUGUCAAUGCAAUGUCAACCAGACAAGUAACGAGAAUGAAAAAAAAAACGAUUUGGGAAUUUUCAUUUGUUCAAAUACCAAAUUCUCCAAGCUAACAUCAUGAGAAUUGUAUAGCAAAUAGUAAGGAGAAUUACUGAUGAAUUAGCGACCAAACAUUCUUAAAAUAUCGGAGAAUGACUACACAAUUGAUGCUGAAAAUUCAACUUGUGCCCAAGCAAGUAAUUAAAUUUAACCGCGUGACAAUGGAGCAAAAUAGCCCAAGGUGCCAGCGUGAAAAAAAAGCAAAGGUCGAUUCCAGUGUAAUAUGUAAUACCACAAACCAUGGUAGAUCAGCUGCCAAAUAUGUAUAAAAUAUAGCCAAAUGGCAGCCAAACGGAUCAUCAAUUUUCGACUUGAAGACAAGAAUUUUAUAGAAUCGCUGCACCGCCUUAAAAACUAUUUAGCGUCCAUAUCCAUCGAUCGAGGGGAAUAUGUUUUUAGCCGAUUUAUGACUUUGAAGCACUUUUCUUUCCAAUUGAGUUUACUUCCGCUCGUUUUCUCUUUGUUUCUGAGGUCUUCAAAGGUGUUUUUUUUAUAAAGGUGCAGCGAAAGGAGGGUAAAACCACCUUGCAAGAGAUUGUAAACUGAGAGAACUAAUUCACGUGACCCUUAAUAAUGUUUUUAAGUACACGCUCGGGACCUUCCCAAGUGUCUUGUGAAAAUUGCGCAAUACUUGUGAACGAAUAAAAUUCAACGGGAACUCUGUUCUGUGAAAAAGUUCUGUGUUAUUAACAAAGCUAUCCAGAGUUCAAAUUCAUUACUUUUCAUGACCAACUUUAAUUUGUUAGUAAUAAUGCAAAAACAAGAGCAAAACAGCAACGAUCAUACGCGCGGUACAUAGACUCUUUCAGCGUGUCUGUUCAAAUUACAAGGACGUAAUCCCAUACACUACAUUGUCAAUUGUCAGUCCGGUAUCUGCUUAAUUAAGGUUUUUUACUUUAGAAAUUACUUAGCCAAAUACUUGAUAGAGACGUCCGUUAAAUUGAGGUUUGUAAUAAAGGGAAACAUAAGACGUUAAUUUCGGAACCUGGCUCACAGGUAAUCCAAGCUCCAGCUGUGCGGUUGAUAAUCUUGUGAGAAAAGAGUCAUGACGAAAAUGUAGGAGUUUGUAUGUGAAUAUUUACGACCGCUCUUAGGAUGUUAAAAUGCAGUCAAAUUCUCAAUAAAAAUACCUCACCUUACUUCCACAGUGCAUCGCUUGUUUUGUGACCUCUUACUUUGCUGCAACGAGGCCAUUUUAGCAAGUUGUCCCCCUGUGGAAUAGGAAACCGAAAAAUGGAUAACUAGAGCUUGGCCUACCUGUUGUCCGCUUAAUAGAAGUUUCACUGUAUUUCUGGGCUAGUGAUAAACCCAAACGAAGGUUUUUGUGCCGUGCAAAUAACGACCGAAUACGAAAUGUGACGAAUAGUGGCAAUAGUGUCGAAUAGUGACGAAUAGUGGCGAAUAGUGGCGAGUAGUGGCGAAUGGUGACGAAUAAAGACGAAUAGUGACGAAGGAUGGCGAAUAGCGAAGAAUAGCCACGCUGGGAAGUUGUUCUUAUUUAUGCCUCCCAUGAUAACUCGGUUAAUGAUUUCAUAUAUAUCAUCUGUCGCUGCUGUUUCCGGUAUUCAAGUUUAAAAAUUACGUUUCUUCGGCAACGUUUUAGGGGCUUAUUUACAUCGAGGUAGGGGACCCCACGUGGGUAAGGUAACCCGCUUGGGCGGGGUUACCCGCCUGUCCAUACAAUCUCUUAUUUUAUCGUGAUCACGUUUACAUGAUAGGUGCUGGGUAGGGUAACUCUGUCAGCCAGGGUGACGAUUUGCCAUGUAAACGCCUCAAGGUGGGAUAACCCGCCUGGCUGGGGUGGCGUUCAUGUUACAAUAAAAUCAAAUGAGCAAAACAGUAGCGAAAGACGACGAGUGCGUUAAAACUUUGUACAUUCCUAGCCGUCUUAUGCAGAGCUAAAACGUUAAAACACCAAUUUUUACUUCCUCUUAGCAAUGAAACCUCGACAGCGAUUAAGUCACGUUUUUACUUCGAACUUCACACUACAUUCAAAUGUUGUACCGUCAGAAACGGUGAAAAUCUAAGAAGAAAAUAAAUUAACUUUUUUUGCAACGUUUUACCACAAGUCGUCGCAGUGGCAUCUUACUUCCCUGAUUGCAAGCGCGACAAUAACCGUUAGAAACUUCACCUCAGCAUCCCGGGGUUGCAAAAUUGUAUGUAAACGCGGGCUAUUUUUCGACCAAGGCUAGGCGGGUUACUUCACCUACCUGAGGUCCCCUGCAUCCAUGUAAACCGGCCCUAGAUCCACGUUUGUUGUGUUCACCGCUAACGUCAAACCGCGGUAAGUAAUUAGAAGUUUCGAGACUUUCGGCUUUUUAGAUCGACGUCGGCUUUCACCUAAAAGAAAAAUUAAUACAGUGUGCGCCGCCAUCUUGAAUUGCGCAAAGGAUGGAGGUCCUUCAUUUCAAACACAAAAUGAGAAUAAAAGAUUGGUUUCCUAGCGUCCCAAACAGAUUGGUUAUGAAGAAAGACUUCUGUUCACAUGUAUUUAUAGGAAAUACGUGAGAACUCUUCAACAGAAAGAAAACAAGCAUCGUGGGAGUUGAAGUGCCAGAAACUGCCUUGCCCGAAGUUCAAACGUGGACGGCGAACGUGACCGCUGGAGUCUGGUCACGUGACUCCUAGAAGCUUUCGUGGAUCUAAAACUCCCUAUUAAUUACUUUUUAAAAACUGCAACCGCUCAUUAUCGAAACAAAUUUGUAAAUACUUGACAUACUGUAGUUUGGCUGGAUUACGUCUUGAUGUUUUUUUUUCUUUUUUAAUUUCUCGCAAACGGCAGGAGUUCAUGUAAACAAAGUCAUCUACCAAUCUCUCCACCAAUUCAUGAAAGCAAUGAACCAUAAAGCUAACCGAAUUUAGCGAGAAACUAUUCAAUGUCACUUACUGAGCCAAUCUCCCUGUUACAUGGCCGAUUAGUUUGCUUUGAUUCUUUAGGCUCCUUUAGCCGUCAUGAACGUGAUCGAAGAGAAGGGAGUGAAGAUGGAAAGUAAGUCAUCAAAGAAAGGCAUCAACUUGAUGUAUUUUCUAUUUUGGACGUCUUCAUAUCAGCUGCUGUGCGUGGGACUUUUGUUUUGGUUGGACAUUCUGCCGUGGUAUGGAAAUGUUGGCAAUAUCCAAGAGUUUGGGGAAAAGUGAGUUUCGUGUCUUGUUUCUCCAAAUGGUUCAUAGCUAACACAAGAUUUGGUAACACAAAUCUGAACGCUAGAUCUAUUUGCAAAGCUUUAGGGAUUCAUUCCGAGUCUGAAGGGACUAAUGCUUAUUUCGGGUUACUCCCUCGCACAGUUGCGCAGGUUGCUGCCGGAGCCUGUAUCCAUCUAAAUUCCUAAGAGGAAAGAGGCACUUGAGAAUAAAAUGUCUUGACCUAUCACAACUACACAAUAACCCGUUAAACCAUCCAGCACAGUACAGUGCACUGGCCAUUUAUUCAUUCCGUCUCCUUAAUCAGUUGAGGAAUCAAAUAUCAUUACUAACGCAUAAAUUCAAUUUCCUAUCGUCAAUUACUGCCAGGUUUAGUCUCCUGCACGACAUAACAGUCUGUUUCCCAAACAUUGAGUAAAUAGAGGCAUACAACCUCCUGACUAUAACUUAGGGGUAAGGUAGACCUUCGCGGGUGCCCUUUGCAAAAUAAAAAAAAUUUUUAAAAAACGCGCUAUUUGAAGCAUAACCACCAUAAACUAUAUAUCAUCGGAGAGGCUAUGAAAUGCACUAUUGGGCAAAGAUUAUUUCAUUUUAGCGUGAUCUAAUCGUAAACCGAAAAUGUUUCUUUGAGCAAAUUAGUUGCAAAUCAAAUCUGACCGCACAAAUAAAACUUCUGCACAAUCUCAAUAAUCCUGAAGGGUUGGUCUUCAAAUCCGUGAGGGGAUUUGCCAUGUUCAUCUUGGUUGCUUUGCAAUUUAUCUGUCGAGUUUUCAAAUCAAAAUUUUUCCGAUAUGCUUUACGUCGGAGGCCAUUGAGGGAGAUCCAUUUUGGAAAAACGGAAUUUCGCCACUUUCUUGUUUAAGUUGGUAUCUUGGAAGUCUUCGGUCCAAAUUUCAAGGCAAUCCGUUUAGUAUAUAUACCCUAUCAAUUCCUUCAAAGGGACGGACGUCUUUGUUCGCCUAAGAACGAAGUAGGUUUUUUCCACUUACAAAAUUUAACCAAAAAGUCACGCCUUUAGUUGACCACAUGUCAAGUGAUGUCAACACUCUGAAAAACUCCACAUGCCGACCGCCAAUAGAAACACAGAAGCGUCCUGGGUCUCAGGAGACUCUUAGUAAAAAGAUAUUUCGCGGGUAACUUCAGACCUUUGUUUCUAUUCUGCCGAACUUCAUUUUUGAUCUCAAUUUUUUUUUCAACUUAAAAGCAGCUUAAGCGCGACGCGGCAGGACUUAAAGGUUGCCGAUCGAAUGCGAGCAGCGAAGAUUGCCUAAACCACGAGUCUUUAUCCAUUUCGGUGAGAUUUUUGCGCCUUUUAUUUAUUUAUUUUCACUCAUGGACUCUUCUCCCUUCUAUCUUUCUCUAUUUACAUUCUAGUUUUAAACGCAGGCGAAUAGCAAAGAUCUCCACAUGCGACCGAAAUCAAGAGAUAUUUACGCGAUUGAAAUUGAAGGAUCAGGAUGUUUUGCCUCAAGAAACCCAUCGGGAGUCAUUUAUGUUGACGUGUUAUAAUAGUCCAUUUUGCAGUUGAGUGCUUGGUUGCCAAGCCUUUGAACAGGAAUGAGGCUAAGGGUAACCUUGUUAUGAUACAAACCUUGCUGCUUUUCAAAUGCAAAAUACUUUGUUAUCAUGCUAACUAGAUACUGGUCUCUAUCACAACAAGGCCACUUUCAGCCUCACUCCAAAUCAAAGGCUUGGCAACUAAGUACACAACUGUAAAAUGGCCUAUUGGCUAUUCACACUUCGGUGAGCUAAAGAAUUCACUUCGAAAAUACGUUUUUGUAAAUUAUUCGCGCGCGUUUCAAUAUUUUACCAAAACUUUUCUUCGAAACUAUAGUUAAAAUAGUGAUGCUUAGUUUGACAUGAAAAAAAAUUUCGACCGUAUCCUAAGUGAAGCUCGAGCAUAUUGUUGUUAAAGCCGUCUGUCCCUCCGGGUCUGUAAGUGUAGGGAAGGGUGGUAGGGUGAGGGGAUUGGGGUUAGGGCACAUUUUUUGCUUGUACGUGCCAUUCAACGAAGUUUAUCUCUAACGUUCUAGUUGGUGGUUUGGAGUUCAAUGUUUCUUUGGCGCAGCAGGUUGUGACUCCACGUCAGGCAUCAGAGGAACUAUGUUCAUUAUCAUGUACGUUUUAUCCUAUGCUGGAGGGGCCAAUCUACUGAGACACGCCGAGGGAGCCACUUGGCUGGCUAUUGUAUCGGUAAGCGAAAAAUUUGAAGCAUCAUUUUUAUCUUUACCUUGGCGCUCAGUUGUGGAACAGGUGUAUUCGAGCACAUUUUGGUUGUUUGCCGGGUGGUGGGUACCAUACCAUACCAUACCACUUCUGACGGGAGUGAAGUUAGGGGCAUCAAUAGCAUAGUGGAUGGAGGGCUUAGUUAGGCGUAUAGGGGAUAGUUAAAUGGGUAACCUUGGAAAGAGCAUGAAAGGUGAUAUAUAGAAAUAUAUUGUUGAUAUGUAAACAUUGAUGAUGAAAUCAUUUUAUCUUCAUAUCCUGUAGUCACUGGUCACGCCAUUGGGCUUCAUUUUCUGGACAUUGUUCAACGAAACACCAUUCAAAUGGCACCCCGCAGGUCACGUGAGCACUUGGUUCAGUAUCGGUGCGUUAGCCAUCAUGGUUCCCGCCAUUUUUGUUUACAACAUGGGGUGAGGAAAAAUGUCAACCGUAUUCAUCUGUUGAAAUGCCGUUUACUUAAUUAUUAGUGUUGUGUUAUCAAUGCCCACCAACCCCCCUUCCCCUCCCCCCUUCCCCCUCUCCUUCUAAACAUAUUAUGAGAUGAGUGAAAACCGAACGGUUUCUCACGAUGGUGUUUACUUCUCCUCUUCAUCGCAGGGCACCAGAGAUUUCGCUGGACACGAAUAAAAAUCAAAGUGAGGAGUAUAACUCAGCACUAGGACCAGGGCAACCUCUUCUCUCGAGUACAGAAAGCAGACAUCCACCGAACUAUAACGUUUAAGAGACUUAAAAGCAGUAGCAGUUAGACUUGCGUUUUAUCAUUACACUUGUAGAGGAAGAGGCCAAAACUAAGAUGUUGUGUUUCAAGGAUACGCGUGGAAAGCAUCCAUUUGCAAAGUGAUUACAGUUCAUCCGAAAUAAAAGGACAAGAUCUGAUUUUAUAGCAUGUUUUACAUGACAUCAAAGCAGUAAGGCUAAGUUAACAAGCAGAUAAAGUAAAUUUCAAAAAAACGCUAAACAAAAAAUAUGAUUAUAAAGUGCAUAAGCAAAUACGACUGAAAGAGCUGGUGCGGAUGAGUUUGCGAUCGAUUGAAAAAAAAAUUGUAUGUGCAAUUUAAUAGUAUUUUCAAUAGUAUAAACAAAUUAACAAAUGUUUGUUCAUUUUUGGCUUUAUCAACGUCAUGAAGCCUGGAUUCCGCAAAUUUCCUCUAUCUUUGCUCUUAUUCAUAUACAUAUCAUUAUGGCAAAACAGAAAAACAUGAUUUAUUCCUAACAGAAAGACAAAACUGAUUUGUUACCCUUAAAUAACCCCGUGUGUCUUUGACAACUUAUCAACAUCGCAUCGAAAUGUCUCUUGCUAGUUAUCUGACAUAGGAUCAAGCCGUAAGAAAAACAAAAGGAUUUCCUUUAGAAAAAUAAUGCAGAAGAUUUCGUUGAAAAAAAGUGCAUGGAAAGAAUAUGACCAUCAAUACAUUUAAGGACUUCAUCAACGAACAAGUCCUUUAGAUCACUAGACACUUUGGAUGCUGCUGCUGAGUUGAGCCAGGUGCCUGUUUUGACAAAAAUAGACGUAUUUUUAAGCUUUUCCCGGUGAAAUGGCAUCUUGUGUUUCUUACGGCUUCAUCCUUAGACAAAUCCGGUCAGCAAAAGACAUUUAGAUGCUGCUGAUAAGUUGUCAUAGACACCCAGGCUCACUCAAAUCUCAAAUGAGCCUUGUCUCUGUUUUGGGAAUAAGACGUACUUUUAUAUUUUACCGAAAUUGUAUCUUCUGAGUUCAACAGUGAUGCAACAAAUUUGUGCAAGUUGAUCUUUGUGACGUAGAUAAAGCCGAAAAGGGAUAAACUUCAUUUGUUCCACCUUAUUACUGAACAUUCUAUGAAGAGCCCAGGAGUUUUAAGAUCAUGACGCAACUAACUUAACAUAUUGCAAUCUUGCAACCCUAGAAUAUUUUCCCGAGGCCGAUAUCUUAUCCGGCAGAGAAGAGUAAAAACCAUUUCUCUCAAAAUCAGUGAGAGAGUUUUCCUGGAGAAUAAUGCGCUUUGAAUAAUCACCUGCCAGUUCUCCAAAAAUGAGUUCUUCCAGUAUUUCUAAUCCGAUUUUGGAAGAUAGUGAUAUGUCAAGCAUUUCCAAAUAUUUCGAUUCAUCUUGUCCAAACUCACUUUAUCGAAAACGAAAUGUGGUUAAGAUUGGAUUCUGCGAAAUUCGUCUGUACUGGGCAAAUUUGUUAUUCGCUUUUGUCGCCAUAGCCGGCAAAGUUGUAGAGAAGGUUUCCCUUCCGCUCUGGAUCGACUCCGUAAAUGGAAAUCGUCCGGGAAAGUCGGUCGACAGUUACUUUGUGCUGUCUUUUACGAGUUUGUCGUUUGUCAUAAUAUUUGGACUGGGAACGUUGUUUAUUAAAAUCUUUUCGCCUCAAGCUCUCGGCGAAACGGAAAAACGUUUUCCACACCUUCUGCUCUUCUCAGUUGGCUUCUGUCACGCUUUGAGUGGAGCUCUGGUUGUAUUCGCAAGCAAAGGGUCAAGAACACCGCCAUACCUUCAAGCGAUUCUUGGAAACUUUAUGAUCCCUUGGACUAUUCUAUUCAGGUGAGUGGAUUCUAAACAGCAUAAGAUGUUAUUCAGCAAAUAACACAGGCAUACUCGGAUAUAAGAAGUUGGAGAGUUGCUCAUACUACGACACUCCGAUUAGCACUUCGGAUGCUCUGUCACUGAGCUUCAAGUAGUCCUUAGGUCCUUGGUGACAAACUGCAUAUUGCUCAGUAGGAUAGGAAUGUUUGGAUACUACUUCGUAUGACACUUUCAUUAGUUCUUUCUUUCAAAAAGUUCUUUCUGUAUGCCAGCAGAUCAACAUGGAAAUAAGUCAUCAUGUUCCCUUAUGCUGACUUGCGGGAUCGUCAAAAUACGUCUCAACUCGUAAAAAUACUCAGCGAAACUAUGCACUUCUCUCCUUUAAUAAUUUCUACCAGCACAUUACGUUAAUUUUCAGUUCUUACCGUGACAUCUCACGAUCAUUUCAGAAUUGCGCGCAGAAAUCUACCUUCUCACCCUCCCUCCACCCACACGCCUUCCCUCCAGCCACGCCCUCUCUCCCCCCUCCUCCUUUCCCCCCCCGCCCUUGCUCCAUCCCCCCUUCUCCCCUCCUCCUCCGUUCCUUGUGAAAACCAUUCUAUUCCCUCCUAGUCCCAAUCAGAUCUAGGUACGAGAUUACUCAUCAACACUGCUGUUGGUUUUUUUUUCUCCCGAAGGUUGCUGAUCGUUCGAAAGAAGCCCACCCUGCUGAAGUUGUCCUGUGGUGUCAUCGUGGUUGUUGGUCUUUUUAUUUGCCUCAUCCCAACAAUUUUUCCCGAAGUUGAUCCCAAAGCCGAGAAAACGAAAAACAAUGCUCAGGGUGUUUCCAGAGUAAUGUGGCCCAUAAUUUUCAUGCUUGGUUUCGUAAGUAGGACUCAACGUCAAAAAUAGUCAGAAUUGUAAUUGUGUUUUCUCUUAUCUCGGUGAGCAGUGCGAAAUGGUUUGAUUCUCGCUAGCUUAACAAGAUCAUAAUUUGACUUAAAUGGUAUGUGCUAUACCCCUCACUCCUUUGUCUCCCACAAAUAAUUAUGAAAAGUGAUCUUGAAUUUUAAAAAGCGGUAUUCAGCCCAGGUGAUGAAUACACAUAAACUUAUCAUUAAAUUCUCUCAGCUGUAACACAAGAAAAUAUGUAACAACUAGAAAAGAGAAUUUCUCUCAGUCUCAGUCGUGGUUGUUAAUGGGUCUUACUGAUAUAGUUGGUUUUACUCUUUAGGUUCCAGCAGCCGUUAUGAACGUGAUCGAAGAAAAGGGAGUGAAGAUGGAAAGUCAAUCAUCAAAGAAAGGCAUCAACUUGUUGUAUUUCCUAUUUUGGAUGUCUUCAUAUCAGCUGCUCUGUGUGGGACUUUUGUUUUGUUUGGACAUUCUGCCGUGGUAUGGAAAUGUUAGCAAUAUCCAAGAGUUUGGGGAAAAGUGAGUUUUCGUUGAAUUCUCUCUUUUUUUUCUAAAUAGCUGUUUAAACUGAAACAAGAAUUGACAUCGCAAAACUCUAUGCCAGACUUAUUUGCAAAUCUACUGAUUUAUCCCGGUUUCUAAAGCGCCUACAAUAACUGCAUCUCUUUGUGGUUGGAAAGCUCGUACUUUUUGUGUUGCCCCUCGAUAACUUGCCCAGAUUGUUUGUCAGUAUUCAUUUAUAAAUAUUCUUGAGUGGAGAAUGGCAGUUUGGGAAUUUAAAAUGCUGACCUAGUCAGAGACCGAUUGCAAAACUUUUUACUCAACCGAAUUUAUGUCUGAUUUCUAGUUGGUGGUUUGGAGUUCAAUGCUUCUUUGGCGCCGCAGGUUGUGACUCCACUUCAGGUACCAGAGGAACUAUUCGUAUCCUCAUGCACGUUUUAUCCUUUGUUGGUGGAGCCAAUCUACUGAGACACGCCGAGGGAGCCACUUGGCUGGCUAUUGUCACGGUAAGUGAACCAUUUGAUUCUCAUACUCUAGGAAUUUUUUUCUUUCAACUAAACACUCAGAUGAAAUUAAAUUCUCCACGAUCGUGGAACAGUUGCAUUCGAAUACGAGUGUACUUUGAUUGCGUGCCGUUAGAUAAAAACAAUUAACCAAAUUGAACCUAUGUUGGUGGAGCCAAUCUACCGAGACACGCCGAUAAUCUAGGCAUUAUUUUUAUCUUUACCUUGGCGCUCAAUCGUGGAAUAGGUGUGUUCAAGCACAUUUUGAUUGUUAGCCGGGUGGUAUGUAGGAGGACUUUUUCAUGUGGUUUCCAUGCGGGAACGCAGGGGGAUCAGUCGUCGCCAACAUUGUUUAGAGGGGGUUGUACAGAACAUUUACUGGCAAUUAACUUGCACUGAGCGGAGAAUAUUAGAAAGCCUUACAGGGGGAUCAAUUAAACUGUUUAUCGUUAAUCGGUCUUUAAAGAAUAUUAGAAAGAAGAUAAACGCACCACCAGCAAAUGAGAACCAAAGUAAAAACAAGCGAACUGCUUGAAGUGCAGAAAAAUGCAAGUGAAAAGGUCGCCAUCAGUGUCAGUAAUAGGACACUGUCCGAUAUUUUCUCUUGGUAUAAAUUUCACAUCUGAUUGAUUGUAAGUGUGGCGCGAGUUUUCCAGUCCACAGGUUGAUAUAAAACACAUACCAGUGUAAUCUUGGUUUAAUGUUUAAACCCAAUCAAAGUCUGCUCUAUCAACGUGUGGUUUGUGAAGUACCGUACCACUUCUAAGGGGAGUUAUGUUAGGGGCACCAAUAUUGUAGUGGAUGAAGGGCUUAGUCAGGCGUAUAGGGGAUAGUUAAAUGGGUAACCUUGGAAACAGCAUGAAAGGUGAUGAGAAGAAAUCUAUUGUUGAUAUGUAAACAUUGAUGAUGAAAUUAUUUGAUCUUCAUGUCCUGUAGUCACUGGUCACGCCACUGGGCUUCAUUUUCUGGACAUUGUUCAACGAAACACCAUUCAAAUGGCACCCCGCAGGUCACGUGAGCACUUGGUUCAGCAUCGGUGCGUUAGCCAUCAUGGUUCCCGCCAUUUUUGUUUACAACAUGGGGUAAGGAAAAUAUCAACCGUAUUCAUCUGUUGAAAUGCCGCGGCGUUUACUCAAUUAUUAGUGUUGUGUUAUCAAUGCCCACCAACCCCCUCCCCCCCCCCCCUCCCCCCUUGCCCUUCUCCUUCAAAACAUAUUAUGAGACGAGCGAAAACCGACCGGUUUCUCACGAUGGCGUUUACUUCUCCUCUUUAUCGCAGGGCACCAGAGAUUUCGCUAGACACAAAUAAAAAUCAAAGUGGGGAGUAUAACUCAGCGCUAGAACCAGAGCAACCUCUUCUCUGCAGCACGGAAAGCAGACUUUGAAAGACUUAAAAGCAGUUGCAGUUAGACCAGAAACUGUGUUUCAAGGAUGCUUGUAAACAGCAUUCAUUUGCAAGUGCUAACAGUUCGUCCGAAAAAAGGGGACAAGAUCUGAUUUUAUCGCAUGUUUAGAAAGAGAUCCACAGCACAAUUUGUUACUUAAAGUGUGGAUUUCUCCACACUAAUUUCAGAUUAGCUUUUACAUGACAUCAAAGCAGUAAGGCUAGGUUAACAAACCGUCAGAUAGAGUAAAUUUCAAAAAACGCUGAACAAAAAAUAUGAUUAUGAAGUGCAUAAGCAAAUACGAAAAAAACUACUGUGGAUGAGUUUGCGAUCGAUUGAAAAAAAAAUUGUAUGUGCAAUUUAAUAGUAUUAGCGUAAAUGCUUGGGUGGUUCUUGAAAAAUUAAAAAAAAUUCAACCAGUUUGCCUUUCAAGGCCGGCGUGAACAAUUUUAUUGAUGCUACAUUAUCGGUUUCUUUUUUUUUUUUUUUCUUAGAUCUUGUAUAUUAGAGUCAGCUUUUAUCUAUUCCAUUCCUACUUACAGUAAUUUUUAGUCAUCUUAAUCCUUACAUAGCGACAUUUGCAGUUGCACACAUGUUAGUCUUUUUAUUCUAUCAGCGCUGUUGUGUGCACAAUCAUGUCCAGUGUGGCACUGCGAUACUUUUACAGUUGACCAAAUAUUAAUCGUAGGAGACAGGAUGUACUUGAAUAUACUUGAAAGUUAAAUAUUCCAGAUACAGAAACGUCUUCCCUAAUUUAUUUGCCAAAUGAAGCGCGCUGGAAAGUUCAAUCGCCCACUGAAGUCACAAAAUCGCCUGCCGAGACACAAAUUUCAACACAAUCGCCCUUUGAGGCAAACAGUUUAAGACAAUCCCCCGUUGAGGCAAACUUUUCAACAAAAUCGCGCGCUAACGCAAACAAGUCAAACCAAUCGCCGUUAAAGGCAAAACCUCUGUUACCAGCAAAUGAAUCACCUGUUACGGUGACAAAUACUGUUCUACUUAUUGUGGUAGAGCCCGUUGAGGCACAAAUCAGUGCAAAAGAAAACAUGUUAACAUCGCAGAGGCUAUUUGCCAUUACUAUCAGUGUUUCAUUUUGCUUUGAUUUACAUGACAAAUCGUUAGCGAUGGAACAAACAUCUUCCACGUAAUUUUAGUUGACUUUUACAAAACUUUUUGUAUUGUAAAAGUCAACUCGACUAACAACUUUCAUCACGACUAUUAACGUUUAACAAGAUUUUCCACGAUCAAAUCAAAUUCAGGGCUGAAAUAUCAGACUUGUACCUUGAAAUAACAUUCGGGUACGGCAAAGUGUAGAAAAGCGAGGAAUUUAGCAGGGAAUCUAUACUUACGUGCAAACGUGAAAGAUCGCAAUAUAUUUGAAAAGUAAGUUGCGUCGUGGGUAUAAAAAUCCCGGGUUCUUCACAUGUUGAAUAAUACUAUGGAACAAAAAAAUAAACAAAGGCUUAUUCCUUUUCGGCUUUAUCAACGUCAUGAACCCUGGAUUCCACAAAUUUCCUUCAUCCCUACUCUAAUUCACAUAGACACCCGAUUAUGGCAAAACAUAAAAACAUGUUUUUAUUCCUAAAAGAAAGACAAAGCUGAUUUGUUACCCUUGAAUAACCCCGUGUUUCUUUGACAACUUAUUAGCAUCAACGAAAUGUCUCUUUCUAGUUAUCUAUCUUGGGAUCAAGCCUUAAGAAAAACAACAAGAUUAUCUAUAGAAAAACGAUGCAGGAGAUUUCGUUGGAGAAAAGUGCAUUGAAAGAAUAUGACUAUGCAUGAAUACAUUUAAGGACUUCAUCAACGAACAAGUCCUUUAGAUCACUAGACACUUUGGAUGCUGCUGCUGAGUUAAGCUACGUGCCUGUUGUGACAAAAAUAGACGUAUUUUUAAGCUUUGCCCGGCGAAAUGGCAUCUUGUGAAUUACAGGAUUUUAUCAACCCAACAUAUCCUUUCGUGUUUCUUACGGCUUUAUCCUUAGACAAAUCCAGCCAGCAAAAGACAUUUCGAUGUUGAUGAUAAGUUGUCAUAGACACCCAGGGUUACUCAAAUCUCAAACUAGCCUUGUCUCUGUUUUAAGAAUAAGACGUACUUUUAUAUUUUGCCAAAUUUGUUUCUUGUGAGUUCAACAGUGAUGCGACAAUUUUGUGCAAGUUGAUCUUUGCGACGUAGAUAAAGCCGAGAAGGGAUAAACUUUAUUUGUUCCACAUCAUUGCUGAACAUUCUAUGAAGAGCCCAGGAUUUUUAAGAUCAUGAGACAAUUUAAUUAACAUAUUGCGACCUUGCAACCGUAUAAUGUCAUAUUCAAGUAUUUUCCCGAGGCCGAGAUCUUAUCCGGCAGAGAAGAGUAAAAAACCUUCUCUCAAAAUCAGUGAGAGGGUUUCUCUGGAGAAUAAUGCGCUUUGAAUAAUCACCAGCCGGUUCUUCAAAAAUGAAUUCUUCCAGUAUUUCUUAUCCGAUUUAUGAAGAUAGUGAUAUGUCAAGCAUUUCCAAACAUUUCGAUUCAUCUCGCCCAACCUCACUUUAUCGAAAACGAAAUGUGGUUAAGAUUGGAUUCUGCGAAAUUCGUCUGUACUGGGCAAACUUGUUAUUCGCUUUUGUCGCCAUAGCCGGCAAAGUCGUAGAAAACGUUUCCCUUCCGCUCUGGAUCGACUCCGUAAAUGGAAAUCAUUCGGGAAAAUCAGUCGACAGUUACUUUGUGCUGUCUUUUGCGAGUUUGUCUUUUGUCAUAAUAUUUGGACUGGGAACGUGGUUCAUUAAAAUCUUUUCGCCUCAAGCUCUCGGCGAAACGGAAAAACGUUUUCCACACCUUCUGCUCUUCUUCGUUGGCUUCUGUCACGCUUUGAGUGGAGCUCUGGUUGUAUUCGCUAGUAAAGGGUCAAGAACACCGCCAUACCUUCAAGCGAUUCUUGGAAAUUUCCUGAUUCCUUGGACUAUUCUAUUCAGGUGA